UGCUUUUAAAGUCUAUGUCAACUUUUACAAAAAAUAAAUAAAAGAAGAUUAAAGUCCUGCACCAACGACACAAAACAAAUAUGUGCACAAAAAUCCCGUUUUAUGUUUGUGUAGAGGUCGGUUGAAGGUGAACUGACCGUUUGGUGUUUGUUUUUUUGUUUUGUUUUUUUCUCUGCAGUGUGUGUGAGGCUGAAGCAGCAAAAUAAGGAUGGCCGACAGUCCCUCAGUCACACCCGGACACACAGAAAGCAACAGUGUCGAGUGAAAUCAGACGUCCCUCUGUGUUCAGAUGAUGACUGGGUUUCGAAAUGCCCCUCUGGCUGCAGACUCCAAGGUCUGAUCUCGCAGAUGAAGAGCAAAGUGGAGGGAAAACUCUGGAAGGUGUGUAAGUCGGCAAAGAUGUAUGAAGAUGCAGCUGAAAAGGCCAUGACAGUGAUGACACACAUCUACAACUCCAACCGGAGAGUCAUAGUCAACAGAUACAUCUCAGAGCUGAAGUUUGUGGAACACGCAGAAGGAUUGGCCAGGAAUCUCACCUCGCUAUGGAAACGAUCAUCCAGUCUGUCGCAGCGACUCAAGGAGCUGCAUGGCAACAUCCAGGAACAGAUUGAUGACUUGUAUCGAACUGAGGUGGACAUUGACAUGAAGCUGCGAGCCUGCCAUGGGUCCUGCCGGUCAGCGCUAUCAUUCACUGUCAGUCAUCCCAGUUAUGAGAUGCUUCAAAUUGACAUGGACCAGAUAAGUAACACUCUCAACCAGAGAAGCAAGGGCGCUACACCUCCUAAAGACAUCCCCCGUGUCACGCUGCAGCCUGUAGAUGUAGGCCCAGCACCAUCUGCUGAAUAUAAGACCAUCCCAACAGUCCAGCGAGAGCUGUUGACCCAGUUUGAGGACAUUGGACAGAAUCAGCUAGUUCUGGAGGAACUGCUGGAGGACUCUGCAGAUGUGGACGUAGAUAAUUACGUAGAUCUGGAAUGAAACGAUUUGACCAAGGGUUAACAAUUUACAGAGGAAGUAAGAGAAGAUUGGCAUUUUGAAACUUGGCAAUUACACUAUGUAUAACACUUUUCUCUUUACGCUAUGCAACAAAUUUAAAUAUCUUCUGUCUUUUUUGCUGUACGGGACACUGGUACGGUAAUGUUUUAAAGGUAAAAUAUGAAACGUUGACUGUUUAUGUAAGAAACAAACCUCAAACACCAUUGUUCCAGCAUUUUAAUGACUUUUUGUUGAUUUGAACAUAAUGUUAGAUUUAAUAUAGUAACCAUGUACUUUCCUGCAUGUUGGUAAAGGCUCUUAUUACCUCUGUUCAGUAGCUACACACUUUUGAAUACUAAAACACACUCCUCAUUAUUCCUCUGUUAUUUAUUUGUGUCUCCCAUAAUAAGGCACUUAAAAAUACCUUUCCGUACAUUGUACAGUCAUGUCUGUAUAUCCAACCAACUGCAGACUUUUCUUCACUCAUUGUGUAGAUCAGGCAAUUGUUGCACACAAUUUUGCACAAUUCUGUUACUUGUAUAAGUUCUAAUCCCAUUUGGUUGUGACUACUGGAAUGAAAUAUUUUCUUAUCACCAGGUUAAUAAAUGAAAAUUGAUGCAUCCAAAACCUUACAAUUGGACCAUUUCAUUGUGUUAAAGUUAAUAAUUUCUUUUAUUGACACACACUAUCGUAACUUCUUACUCAUCCAUCAUCAUCUAUAGUACAAUUUUUUUUUUGCCUUACUAUACUGACAUAUAUUUUGUAAAAUAACAUCUACAUAUUUUUUAGAGCAGUGUGUGAGAUGUUUCUGUUUAAGCUCCAGAGCUCAAGACUAAGCUAGACUAUGAUG